AGGUGCUGAUAAACGAAGUCAACCAGUGACAGGCCACAAGUUAACAAAAACGGACUGAAAACAAAAGAAAAGUGAUCUUGAAAUUGAUAUAAAUAACUAAAGAGUGAUUUUUAAGGGAAAUUUAAGUGUUUUUUGUGAUAAUGGUGUCUGUGCAGACAAUAGCCACCAUAGUGGUUAAAGUAUUUAAAAUCGUUCUCAACAUCGUGAUUUUGGUGCUCUAUCGCACUGGAUACAAUGGAGAGUUCCUGGGAGUUGGAGGCACGUGGAACCUCAAUGAGGAAAAGAACCCUGAUGCAGAAAUCGUGGCCUCCGGUGUCAUGGUGGGCUAUCUCAUCUACACACUCGUGCAAAUCGUCACAUUCCUCUUCGGGACCACUGAGCACAAGAGAGCACUGUCAGAAAUCGUGAUGAACUUCAUCGGUGUGUUCUUGUGGAUUGCGGUUGGCGCUGUCGCGCUGCACUACUGGGGUGGAUAUCAGGGAGAACAUCAAUUCCAGUUUGUUUUUGCAGAGAAACAGGUUGGCUUAGCGGUCGGCGCACUAUGUGUCAUCCAGGGCGCGGUGUACCUCCUCGAUACAGCACUAUCCGUCAUACAUUUCACAAAAGAGAUGCUGAAACUGGAGUAUCUAUACUCGGGCAGCUUCGUGAUAAUAUCACCCAGAUCGAAGGACUUUAUGUGCGAAGUCGACGUGUACGCCGGCAACAUUGCGCCACUAACGGAGAACGUUUCGGAGUACGGCGGCGGCGCAAGAGUAAUCUGGGCCAUGUCGGCGGGUGACAGGGAGGCGGACGCGCAGGCCAAGAAGGGCGAGGAGGGCUCUGCUACCGACAGAGACAGUCGGGCAGCAGCUGUCCUUAAACAUAAUUGGUGCAUCGGCCUGAGGACGAUAGAACUGAUCCUUGCCGUAAUCGCCAUUGGGCUCAUAGUGGGCGCGCUGACCGCCCCCCAAGUGGUACAAUCUGACCAUCGUCACAUCGCCCUCAUCUUCUCUGCCUAUUCGAGUUUCAUCAUCAUCACCGGUAUACUAAUUAUCGCCCGUCUUUUCGGCGAGUCUGCUGGAUGGAGAACUUCUAUUGGGUUCUCUAUCAUUGGUGUCAUCAUGUUCACGGCUGCAGCUGCGAUCAUUUUUUAUGAUUGGCAUAGAUCUUACUACGCUAAUGUCCGCCCGAACAAAGAGGUCUACAACCUUCUUAUAUCAUCUGGUGUCUUUGCUGUCAUUAAUGCAGUUGUUUUCCUUGUGCACGCAUUCCUUACUUUCAGAAAAGAGGCCGAUUAUUAAUUUUAUAUAGUAGCCAAUGCUUAAUAUUAUAAUUUUUUUAUUAUCGAUAUAAUAUAAAAUAAUCACACAUAGUUUUUAUAAUUAAACAUUUAUCACUUUUAUUUACUCCAAAGUAUUAUCGUAAGUGUAAUUAUAUGUAAUAAUAAUUAAAAAAAUGUAUAUAAUAUACAAGUUGUCCUGGAGAGUAGCUUGUUUGAUAGUUAUAAGAUAAUAUAUUAAUUAUUAUAAGUUGUCCAAUAUGCAGCUGUUGUAAUAAAUUAAAAAAAAAAUACAUCGUUUUGGCCGAGACAGUGCAAGUUGAAAUAAAUAUAAUGUACUUGCUGGGUAAUUUUAAUUAUAUCUACUUUGCUUUUCUUAAAUAUUAAGUUUAAAGUGUUUCAAUGAAAAUGGUAUAAGUUUUAUUAGUUAUAGUUUUGAUUGUAAUCGAUGUGCAAUUUUGUAUUUACUAUUCCAUCCGAAAUACUAAAACAUUCCGUUUUAAUUUUAACCAUAUAAUGAUCUAACUUUUAAAUUUAAAAAAAAAAAAACAACGAAAGAACCACCGCUGUUUAUUGUUAAGUUUAAUACUUCAUUUAAAUUAUUAUUAAUAAAUUAACAUUUGUCGAAUUCAUAACAAUUUUAUAUAUAAAAUAUAGUCAAAAAAUAUUGAUAUUAAAAAAAACACGUAAUAAAUAUAAAGGUUAUCGUGCACUGAAUGUACUCUAAAAUCGAUUUAUUACAAUAUCUUGUUACGACGAAAUAGCGAGUUACACCCCGCAUUUUUUUUCACAAAUAUAAUAGUUUUUUUAUAGUAAUGUGAUUUCCGCAUGAAACACAUAAAACACACACACAUGCAUAAAAUUAUUGUAACAGUACCCACUAUUAUAAAUACGUAAGUAUUAGAUGUAUUUUUUUAGUUUUUAAGUCUAUAUAGGAAGACCAAAGCAGUAAUCAGUAUCCGUCCAGUGGUAGUUAAGUUUUGUAUUAUUUUGUGUUGAAUAUUCUGUUACUCUUUUUUCUAUCUGUCAACUGUCAGAAACUUCAUUGGCUGUUUAGAAAUGGUCUUAACAUUUAACUUUCAUUACGUCUUGUUAACUACUCAAUUUUUGAAAUUAUUAUAGUGUUUUUUAUAUGUUAGUGCUAACUUUAUAUUAUUUGUAGAGUUAAUGUAAUAUAGACGCUAUAAUAAAUGCUUAAUUUGUAUCAUUAUUAAAAAUGUAAUCUUUAGGUUAAAGAAAAUUGUAAUAUAAUAAUUUAUAAAGACAACAGAUUAAGUCACCAAUAGAGGAUUUAUAAUUUUGCACCAGCCCAUUUGGAAUAUAAUUAAGUAAAGUAAAAGCAAGCAAAUUUAUAAUAUUUUUAAGAACACGCAUAACGUGUAAUCCGGCGCUAAUGUUACCUUAUAGUAUGCUUUUGGUAAAAGGUACCCGCGUAACACAGAAACGAUGAUAUAGUGUGUACUACCCAUUAUACAUGCAUCAAUGUUGUGACUCGGUUGUUUGUAUAUAAGAUUAUGUAAUAUUGAUUGUAUCGAUGUAAUUUUAUAAAUAAAUAUAAUUGCACA